AUGCAUUGGCUCACCACUCUUAAGAAGAUUAAUAGAACAAGAGGGAACAGAACUGAAAGACAGAAAGCAGGCGGGGAUAUCUACCAAGAAACGAGUCACAGGAAAGAAAUACCCAACAGCAGCAGAUGGCUCAAAAGAGGUAAGUGGAAGACCGAAGUCGAGCCAAGUGUCAGAAUAAUUUUAGUAACUACCAAAGGAGGAGGAACCAAGUCCGAUAGGGAAGCCACAAGCAGCACGCCUGGGUACAAGGGUAUAGGAAAGCAACAGGUCGAGACCGUGAGUGACAUUGAAAUCCAAUACCCAACGCAAAAGGACAGAACAAGUAGUAGGAUACCCAAAGUUAGUAUGAAUGAAGCCGCAACAGAAAGAGUAAGAUAUAGAAGGGGCCUCUACCCGCAGGGGAGGAAGCAAUACUAA